AUGCUGCCCCCGGUACGGGCCCGGGUUCUGGGGGACACCAAGGUCGCAGUGGUGGGAUAUCCCGCCAUAAACCUCGUGGCUUCGGAGUCGGAAGAGAGUCGUUUGGAGGUCCUCGAGGGCGCGUAUUCGUUACAAUGCAGGCACUGGGACACUGCGGACAUCUAUGGGGAUAGUGAGGAGUUCAUCGGAAGUGGCAAGCUGGAGAAGACGGGCAAACGGGAAGACAUAUUCCUGGCCACCAAGUUCGGCAUCGUCCUGGAUUCCGGCGGGAUGACAUGGUCCGUGAACGGGACGCCCGAAUACGCUGAGCAGCAACUGCAGCGGUCGCUAGAGAGGCUUAGUGUGGAGUACGUUGAUCUAUGGUACCUGCAUCGAACCGAUGAACUUGUCCCCAUUGAGGUCACCGUCAAGGCCAUGGCGAAACAAGUCGCAGCCGGGAAAGUCAAGCACUUGGGCCUCUGCGAGGUCACCGCGCUCACCCUGCGCCGCGCGCACGCCGUGCACCCGAUCACCGCGGUCCAGAUCCAAUUCUCCCCGCUCGCGCUCGACAUCGAGCACACCGGCCUGCUCGCCACCGCGCGCGAGCUCGGGGUCGCCAUCGUCGCCUACAACGCGCACUCGCGCCUCGGUCGCGGGCUGCUCUCUUGCAACGUCGGCUCACAGAAGUCCCUCGAGGACCUCGACGCCCACGACGGCCGGCGGCUCGACCCGCGCUUCUCCGCGGAGCACUUCCCCGCCGUGCUCGCCGCGCUCGACGGCGUGCGCGCGAUCGCGGACGCGCACGGCGCGACCCCGUCGCAGGUCGCGAUCGCGUGGGUGCUCGCGCAGGGCGAGGACGUCCUCGUGCUCCCGGGUGCGACCACGCCCAAGAAGAUCAAAGACAACAUGCGGGCGGCGAGGAUCGAGCUCACGCCGGAGGAAGUUGACGAGAUCCGGGAGCUCGCGAAGACCGCGAACGCGCCCAGAAAACAGCAGCCAUACGGACCGCUCGAACCAGUGCCCGAGACGCCUCUGCUAGACGAGAGCGGGGACUGUGUAGUAACCUGA